GUGCGGCUGCGAAUCCACCAAAAGAUAAGAGUUGAUCUGUGGAUAUCUAGAGGAGCAGCCAUUUAGUAUUCGGUACCUGCGGGAAGAACAAGAGAGAGAACAAGGGGACGCCAGCAACGCUACAAUACCGUUUCUGCUGUCGUUGCUACGACCUUCUCCGACAACGCCUUAGCCACGUACCUAUAUACCCGGGGUUGGGGCCGACUGAUUCCUUUGCUUCAGCAGUAUGGUAACUCUUGUCGGCAGCGACGGUGCCGACCCGUUGCCGACUCCGAAACAGAUCCGCUUCGUCAAUAACCAGGGCCAGCCGCCGACGAAGAGACGGAGGAUCAAUGCUGCGUGCCUUACGUGCCGCAGGCGAAAAACAAGAUGUGCCGGCGAACAUCCCACGUGUUCUACCUGCACCAAAAAUGGCCAUGCGUGCAUGGGGUACUCGGAUGGUAUUGAGAGGAUUAAGAAAGAUCCCGGGCGGGGCCCGGGUUCGGCCUUGGACACCGCUGCCCAAGUCGACCCCGACGAAGACUACUACGUAGACGACGACGUGGAAUUAGAUCGCAAGUUGCGCAAGGGGAGGCAGAAUGGGGCGAAAACCGACCUACCCGAUGAUUCCCAGAAGCCGUCCCGUCAUACCUCCGAGUCCUCGCGAGAUCAAAUCCAACCCGCCGCACCACUUAAGUCGGAGACCGCGGACUGGAGAGAGACCAAAUCGCAGUCAACACCGCGCCUAGAUUGCCAAGCUCGACGGCCGACGAAUCCGCGAAACCCCUCGUUCUCAACCGAGGGCGACCAAAGCUCGGCAAGCCACUCUCCGGUGCAAUACCAUACCGACAGCCAGAGCCAGAGUCAGGGCCAGGGCCAGAGCGAGGGCUACCGCGUCCCGUAUUUCAGAUACUUCGGCCCGACUGCUAUAGUUCCGGGCUUUAAACAGAUGGUCGUCAAGGUACGGGGUCGCCGGCGUAGUUCCAUGUCGGCAACCUCGCCCGGCACGAGCUCUAUAUUCUCUGGUAUCGUGAACUCGAUCCAGCAGGAAGUUGAUGCCGGCUCUGUCGAGGAGAUGCCUGUUUACGACCCUAGCGAUACGAACCCGGUUCACCCGAUAAUUACACACCUUGUCGAAACCUUCUUUGUACACCUGGGGGGGAACUAUCCCUUUCUCAGGCGAGACAAAUUCCCAAAACUCGUCCAAGAAAAGCGGGUGGAGCCCAUAUUAGUGGACGCCGUAUGCGCCCUGGCGGCUCGGUUCUCCGACCAUCCCCUGUUCCGAAGGUGGAACGAGGGCAAGCUAGCAAGAUCUGAGUACGGUUACGUAUAUGCUCAGCGAGCCAAGUCAGCCACUGUCGAUACCUUCCCGUGCCCGUCGGUUGCGGCCGUCCAGGCCUGCCUGCUGAUGGCGUAUGACGGAUUCGGCGCCGAUCAGGACAGUGCCUUGUGGAUGUACCUAGGGAUAGCGAUUCGCAUGGCGGUGGACCUGGGCCUGUCCAAAGAAGACGGCGUAAGGUAUCGAGAAGAGAAGGACGCUUGGUAUACCCGCGGCGGCUAUAGUAGAAAGCAGAGCGAGGAGUUCACCCAGCACAACAACGACAGCCGGUUGGGUGCCGAGGGCAACAGUCUCACCCCCCGGGAGCGAAAGCAAGUCGAGCAGGAACGGAUCGACACCCUUUGGGCUGUCUUCUUUCUAGAUCGCGCCAUAUCCUCCGGCACCGGCCGACCGGUUACCCUCAAGGAUGAUGACUUCGAGCACGAACUUCCCAAGUCGUCCAUCGACCCUGUUACUGGCUGGCCUCACCCACUGCCUUCACUGCUGCAGAUCAUCCACCUCUAUGGCCGAGUGUCGGACGUGCUCAACAAUAUCAGGCACGCCCAGGACUUGACGCAGGAUAAGCUGAACAAGCUUGCCGAGAUGGAAACGGAGCUGACCAAACUUCAUCAGAGGAUGGACCAGCGGCUGCGAUUCGACGCGAAUAACUUCCAAGCCCACGUCAGGAACAGCCAAGGCACCACCUUUAUCCUACUGCACUUCUGGUUCCAUGCCUUAAUUAUCGUCUUGCACCAACCCACGCUGUUGACGAAAGAGGGCACCAUAAACCGGUCACACCAGUUGAAAACGCACAGCCGCGAGCUGUCGAUGUCGAGCGCGAAAACCAUUGCCGACAUACUUGCCUUCGCCGAGUUGCUAGAUCCCAAAUGCUUCAUCGGCAAUCCGUUCACGUCGCAGCCCAUCUACAUAGCGGCAUGCGCGUUCCUCAAAGAAUCACGGUCCGCGUCGUCGCAACCGGCUUCGCGAGAUACGACACCUCCCCCGGAAGCCAGAGCUCACGGGAGUAAGAGUGGAUGUGCUGUCCUCGACCCGGCCCCGUCCUCGAGACACUCACUCCUUGCCUCGGCAGCGAGUCAAAACUAUCAAGCAUGCUACAAAGCUUUGAAGCAAAUGCGUACGUACUGGGGGGGCGUCCGGUACAUUCUUACCGCUCUCGACCAAAAGCUAGACGGCCAAUGGGACUGUGAAACGUUCACGGUCGAGGAAUAUGAAAGCACAAGGAAAUAUCGUCAAAGUAGCGCAGCAGUCAAACAAAAGCCCGUCGAAUAUCCGGCCUCACCCGCUCCUGAUAAUGGGCCUCCACUAGCGUGGUCCCUGACAGGAACGACGAAUUCGCCGAACUCGAGCUUGACUCUUCUAUUCCAGAACCCGGUAUACCACGCUGCUGUCAUGUCGACACCCGUUGUCCCACCACUUCCGCCGCCACCCACGUCGGCGGCGCCAACCUCUGCACCUACACCACCUGGGAACAUGAUCUACGACCCGAUACGUCAGAGCCUUCCAGAAACGACGGCGUCCAUCUACCACCAUGCAUACCCUCAACCAAAUACCUCGGCCUUACGGCACUCCAUCAGCCGCCACCGUCAAGUCUCUGGUUCGCCGGGAACGCAAGGCAAGCCGUUUCCAAGGCACGACGGACUAGCUUCGCAGGACGACCCGAACAAAUCACAUUCGGCUCAGGUCGCCAUGAGCGUUGCACCGACUUCGUUUACCCCUUCGUCGCAACACUCGUCGGGAUUCGACCAGUCCGGCAGUUUUCCGCCGAAUAAUGACUCGCCGGCUAGCACGCAGAGCCAUAACAUGGGGUCCUCGUCGGACGGGGGCCCGUCCAACUUCGCGCAGAGCGGGAGCGGUCUAGCCUCUAGCGGCUACUCGUACCUAGAACCAGGAGCGUCAAAUAUCCAUCUCUUAACAUAUAACAACGAGACAGACAUCAGCCAGCACCUGACAAGCUUCGAGAACAACGAGAUGCUGAGUUGGUUCGGCGAUUACUUUCCUAACGAUAUGCUGGGUCUGUUCCCUAGUGACUCGCACUUGUCUUGACCCAAUGGAUGCCAGAAAGGCAGAAAAUGGGAAGGAAGAAGCAGAAAUGGGGCCUAGGACUGAACUGAAGCCCAUAUAUCUACCCACGAUUCGAGCAUAUCGCAACAAAAUUUACGUUUUAUUAUAUCCCAUACGUUAGAGAUUCAAAAGGAUGAUCGCCGGGGAAGGACAGCAGCAGUAGUAUCUGUACAGACGCUACGGUG